AUGGCGGCACAUCUCCCUAUUGAUUAUCAACAGCUAAGCGAUGCCCUUCAGACCUUCUUUCAAGAACAUCCAGAGGUGGAUGGCAAUGUUGGAAUAGAAGCCCAUGCACUUCUUCAAUGGGCACAACAUGGCCUUGCUCAGUAUGCAACGGACUUACAGGAGGUGGAGAGGGAGGCUGGAAUUGCGAGGGAAAUGUUUGAGCGAGAUCUAGCCGCUGCCAGGGGCCACCGAGUUGCGGUCGAAGUGGUUACCCCUGAUGAAGAAUCAAUCGGAGAUGAUAAUGCCCCACCGGUACCUCCGGUCCCACCUGUCCCAGUGGUUACCCAACGGUCGGAAAAACUCCCAGACCCUGAAGUGUUCAGGGGAGAUCGCGAUCGAGAAAGACUACACUUAUUCAAGCAACAGAUGAGGAUCAAGCUAUUGGGAAAUGCCGACCGCUUCCCCACACUACAGUCCAAGUUAUCUUAUGCGUUCAGUCGACUGGAGUGCGUUGCCGCCAAUCAGUUCUUACAAUAUGUCGGAGAAGAAGGCAUCGCUUUGCCUUCUAUGUUACGGUUUUAUGAAAUCUUGGAUACUGCUUUCGGGGACCCAGAUCGAAUGCGUACGGCUAGGAGGAACCUUAGGAAUAUCCGCCAGCGAAAUCGAACCUUUGCUGACUAUUUCGCCGAAUUCCAACGGCAUGCUGCCGAGUCAGGAAUGGAUGAAGUCUCUAGGAUUGAGGUGCAAGAAAUGGACAACGCGGGGGUUGUGCGGAAGGACACAAUAGUGGUUAAACUAUUAAGUCGUCACCCUAAUUUCGAGUCGGGGAGAAUUCAAAGAAUUUAG